AUGCCGGCGAUCAGUAUGAGAUUCGGUUUGAUUCUAGCGAUGAUUAUCUUGGUUAGCGGGUCCACGGCAGCCAAUGAUGAUGCAGUAGCUGGCGCGGUGAAUGCUGUCACCACUGCUGCCGCUGCCACUACUGCUGCCGCUGCCACUACUGUCAAUGCUGCUACAACUGCUACACCGGCCACCACAACUACUCCAGUUACAACCGCCAAUACUGCUACAACUACUUCUUCAGAUAACGCUGCCACCACAACUACCCUUCAAACUGACACCUCCUCAAGCACAUCUACUUCAGUAACUUUACUAACUGUGGAUACUGACACAGCUACUGGUACCGCGAAAGUAACACCUACUUGGGUAUGGAUCACCACCACCAUAAAUGGCGUUAAAACGACCCCCUCUGUUAUAUUCUCCCAACAGUUUAGAACCAGAUAUUCUUCAGCUUCAUCCGUUUCUUCAGGGGUCAUUGGUUUAGGAACUGUUUCAGGCACGGUAGGUACUCUUAAAACAUACCAAAUCGUUACUAUCUCAACAGAAUCAUGA